AAAAAAAUCUGAUCAAGCUUUUCCGGUCGGCUAGCCCUAAUUUCCUCUCAAAACCUCUGGCGCUGGAGCAGCGCGGACGCACAGACAGAGAGGUCCUGGUCGAGGAGCAGCGAGGAGAACCCGGGGCAAUUAACUUCAUAGCCUGCUGCCUGCCACCACGCCUCCGCACGGUUACCACUGUGUAUGGUAAUGCAUCCUGUCGGCGGUUUAACGUGCCCAGGAAGGAGGAGUGUGUGAGGGGAGAAUGGUUCGGCGGAUGGGAGCGCAGCCACUCCGUGGUCUCCCAUCCGCGCGCCUCUCUGUCUCCGUGAAGCCGCCGCAGAGCGCCCUCCGUUGCCCGUCCUCUUUUUCUGCGCUCACCACCGGGUAUUUUGUCCGACUCGCCCUUGCAUAACUCGGCGUCUUUGUCGCUCGCACGGACUUCACUCUCCAAACGGCCAGGAGCGGGACAGACACGUCUCAAAGUUGCUAAAGGGAGGCAAGCGACGCGGCGUGGAUUCAAAGCCGGACUGUGGGUGACUUUUUCCGGUCGUUGGAUUGAAGGAGCGGCAGGAGGACACUUAAAGUCUGGAAACACGAGUCCAGCGGUGAUGAGAUCUCGCUCCGAGAGGAUUUCACUGGUGUGCUGCCAGAAGCAUCUGGAAAGGAUAACACAGGGAUACACUCCCCCUCCAGAGAACCAGAGGACAAUUUCACUGUUUCCGCUCUUGAGUGAUAUUUGUUAGCUUUUGUUUUAAUGUCAAUCGUUUAAUCACACACGUACUUAUAACUUCUGCCUGCUGGGAUUUGGAUUCAUAACGAGAUUCCCUCCUGGCAUCAGUGGUUUGGACAUGUUAGAUGACUGGUGCGUUCAGUGAUUAAAGCAUCCUCACCUAUAAACCGCCACAGAUCAGUAAUCCUGCGAGGUGUGCGUGUCGCUAUGCAGUGAAGAUGUGUGCAGCCAGGUUCAGCGGCUGCCACAACGGCUGUGCCGAUGAGGCCGCCGCCGGUGGGGCCGCGGGGUCUGCCGGUCCGGUCACGGCCUCCAGGAUGCAGGACUGGACCGAGACCGGUCCCCGCAUCCUCCACAGCCUCGAGAUGGGGACAGUGAUGACCGUCUUCUACCAGAAGAAGUCCCAGAGGCCCGAGAGGAGAACCUUCCAGAUAAAGCAAGACAUGCGGCAGAUAGUGUGGAGCCGGAACCCUGAGAAAAUAGAAGGAGAGGUGGACAUACGAGAGAUCCGGGAGCUGCGGUUGGGGAAGGGCUCCCGUGACUUUGAGCGCUACCCGGAGGAGGCCCGUAAGCUUGACACCGCCCACUGCUUCAUCGUGCUCUACGGCCUGGAGUUUCGCCUCAGGACGCUCAGCGUGGCCGCCUUCAGUGAAGAGGAGGUCAACAUGUGGGUCACUGGUCUCAACUGGCUGAUGACAGACACACAGAGAGCUCCCGCACCACAGCAGACAGACAGGUGGCUGAGGAAGCAGUUCGAGGCCAUGGACAGGAACCACGAGGGCAGCAUCACAGUGAAGGAAGUGAAAGCUCUGCUGCCUCAGGUCAACUACAGAGUCCCCAACAUGCGCUUUCUCAAAGACAAGCUGCAGGAGGUGGAGGCCAGGAGCGACUUGUCCUACCCCAACUUCUCACAGCUCUACAGAACGCUAAUGUUUGACGCUCAGAAGACCAUUAUUGAGCAGCUGGAGCUCUCCUUCCCACUGCGGAAUGUUGACAGACCGGAGCUCUGUCAGAUCUCCCUCUACGACUUCCAGAAGUUUCUACAGAUGGACCAGAAGGAGUCCUGGGCGUCGGAUCUGAGUCGUGUCAGAGAGUUCCUCACGGGGUACAUGAGGGGCGGACUGCAGCCGGAGCCCAUGCUGCAACUUGAUGAGUUUCUGACGUUCCUGUUCUCCAAAGAGAAUUCUGUGUGUGACCCUCGACUUUCACCCGUCGUUGCUGAUGACAUGAAACGGCCGCUCUCUCAGUACUGGAUCUCCUCUUCACACAACACCUACCUGACAGGGGACCAGUUCUCCAGUGAAUCAUCUCUAGAAGCCUACGCCCGCUGCCUCAGGAUGGGCUGCCGCUGCAUUGAACUGGACUGCUGGGACGGACCCGACGACCUGCCAAUCAUCUACCACGGCCACACGUUAACCUCCAAGAUCAAGUUCCUGGAUGUGCUGCACACCAUCAAAGAACAAGCCUUCGUCACAUCAGAGUAUCCUGUGAUCCUGUCCAUCGAGGACCACUGCAGUGUGGUCCAGCAGAGGAACAUGGCCACGCACUUUAAGAAGGUGUUUGGAGAUCUGCUGCUCACCAAGCCGGUCGAUAGCAACGCAGAGGAGCUCCCCUCGCCGUACCAGCUCCGCAGGAAGAUCCUCAUCAAACACAAGAAACUGGUAGAAGGCACGCUGUAUGAAGAGGUGACUUCAGCCGGCUACUCCGAGAACGACAUCAGCAACUCGCUGAAGAACGGCAUCCUUUACCUGGAAGACCCCAUCGACCAUACGUGGACGCCACACUAUUUCGUCCUGACCAGUAAUAAGAUUUACUACUCAGAGGAGACGUCUCACUACCAGACAGCUGAUGAAGAGGAGGACGACGAAGGAAAAGAGGAGUGUAACAACAACGAGCAGCACUGUGCAGAGCGCUGGUUCCACGGGAAGCUGGGCGGAGGUCGUGACGGUCGACAGGUGGCAGAGAAGCUCCUGCAGGAGUACUGCGAGGGCGGGGCCAAAGACGGCACCUUCCUGGUCCGGGAGAGUGAGACGUUUGUCGGGGACUACACCCUCUCGUUCUGGCGCUCCGGUCGUGUCCAGCACUGCAGGAUCCAUUCACGGCAGGAGUCCGGCUGCACCCGCUUCUACCUAACGGACAACCUGGUGUUUGACAGCCUCUACCGCCUCAUCUGCCACUACAGAGACACGCCUCUGCGCUGCAACGAGUUCGAGAUGAGGCUGGGCAGUCCCGUACCUCAGCCCAACGCACACGAGAGCAGAGAGUGGUUCCACUCCAGUCUGUCCCGGGUUCAGGCUGAACACAUGCUGAUGCGCGUCCCCAGAGACGGAGCUUUCUUGGUGCGGAAACGCAGCGAAAACAGCUCCUAUGCCAUCUCCUUCAGGGCGGAGGGGAAGAUCAAACACUGUCGCAUUCAGCAGGAAGGCCGUCUCUUCAUGUUGGGCAGCUCGGCAGAGUUCGAGAGCCUCGUCGACCUUGUGAGCUACUACGAGAAACAGCCUCUGUACCGCAAGAUGAGGCUCCGGUACCCCAUCAACGAGGACACUCUGGACCGCAUGGGCACCACGGAGCUCGACUACGGGGCUCUGUACGAGGUCCGCAGCCCUCACUUCUAUGUGGAGGCCAAUAAGAUGCCCACAGCACGGUGUACGGUCAAAGCUCUGUACGACUAUCGAGCUCAGAGGGAAGAUGAGCUCUGUUUCCCCAAACAGGCACUAGUCAUCAAUGUGGAUAAGCAGGAGGGCAGCUGGUGGCGAGGUGACUACGGAGGAAAGAAACAGCUGUGGUUUCCUGCAAACUACGUGGAGGAGGUUCCCAGUUCUCCCACUAGAGAGCUGGAUGAAGUGUCAACAGAGAAUAGUCCUCUUGGAACAUUCCUGAAGGGCUUCAUUGACGUACCCACCUGUCAUGUCGUGGUGCAUAAGGAUGGGAAGAACGCGCGUCCCUACGUGUUCACCAUCCACUCCCAGCAGCUGUCCUCUCUCCCGGUUCAGACCCUGGACGUGGCAGCCGACAGUCUGGAGGACGUGACCGUCUGGGUGGGCAAGAUCAGAGAGGCCACACAGAACGCUGACGCACGGAUGCAGGAGGAGAAGCAAAUGGAGAGGAGGAAGAAGAUAGCGGUGGAGCUGUCUGAGCUCGUGGUCUACUGCAGACCUGUCCCCUUCAACGAGGACAAGAUCAGGACAGAGAGGGCGUGUUACCGGGACAUGUCCUCCUUCCCAGAGACAAAGGCAGAGAAGUUUGCGACACGCAGCAGAGGGAAGCGCUUCCUGCAGUACAAUCGCCGUCAGCUCUCCAGAGUUUAUCCCAGAGGACAGAGGCUGGACUCGUCAAACUACGACCCGCUGCCCAUGUGGCUCUGUGGCUCCCAGCUGGUCGCACUCAAUUUCCAGACACCAGAUAAACCCAUGCAGCUGAACCAGGCCUUGUUCAUGCUGGGAGGGGCCAGUGGCUUCGUUCUUCAGCCUGAUGUCAUGAGGGAUGAUGCCUUCGACCCCUUCGACAAGGACACCUUACAUGUGGAGCCAAUCACCAUGCAGUUACAGGUGCUGGGAGCCCGUCAUCUCCCUAAAAAUGGCCGCAGCAUCAUCUGUCCCUUCGUGGAGGUGGAGAUCUGUGGAGCAGAUUACGACAGCUGCAAAUGCAAGACAGACGUCGUCGCUGAUAACGGACUGAAUCCUGUGUGGGUGCAGAAGCAGUUUGUGUUUGACAUCCACAACCCCACCUUCUCCUUUCUGCGCUUCACCGUCUACGAGGAGGACAUGUUCAGUGAUCCGAACUUCCUGGCACAGGCCACCUAUCCUGUCCGCCUGCUACGAACAGGCUACAGGAGCGUCCCUCUUAAGAACAGCUACAGUGAAGAGCUGGAGUUGGCAUCACUGCUGAUCCACAUAGAGAUCGUCAAUGCAAAGGAGGAAGACGAUGAGAACAUGUACAUGACCAUCCAGCGUCUGCGGGAUCGAACCAGCGAGCUGACCAACCAGGUGUCCCUCCUGGAGAGGUCGGGCUCCGGGGAUCUGGGAUACCAGCAGAGUCUGGAGGAGCUCAGAGCAGCUCAGGACCAACUGAGUGAGCUGGUGGAGGCUCGAAACCACAGGCUGAUGGAGAAGAAGAGAAGGGAGAAACUGAGGCAGCAGGUGGCAGCAAAGCGCAGCUAAUUCUCUGAUCCACCAGAGAGCGCUACACAGGCACUGUACAGCGACUUCAACCCAUUCAUAAGUGGACUAUAAACAAUGACAAACAGAAGCAUCUCAUGGACUAAGAAUAAAACCGCACACAACUAAGCUAUGUAAACAAUCAUGGAUUAGUGCUGAAUCGCACCAAGAGUGAAAUGGCUUUCUUCUGAUGUUUUCAUGGAAACAAUACAGACAGGAGAGAUGAAGUAUCACAGCUCAGAAAGUCAACCUGCAACCUUUCUUGGGUUUGGGACGGUUGAUCAGAAAUAAUCUAUUUGAAGUUGCCACCGUGAGCUUUUGGAAAUAAAAAUCAGGGCAUUAUUAAUCAUUUUAAGUUUCAGACACUACUGCCACGACAAUAUAAAGUCAAUUUCAGUACAUUCUGUCAACAACAGAUUAAUGCUGUCAAACAAAACCAGUCUUGUUGACCUGUGAUCAGAUGAUGAGACCUGGCUGGUAUAACUAUGUCUUGAUAGCGAUAGCGAGCACCAGACAGAUAGCAGUCUCGUCUCCCAGUGACUGGGAUCAUUGUUUUAUGAGAAAGUUAACAUCAGGCUCGACUUAAAUAUUGCUUUCUUUACCUGGGAAAGCAAAAUAUAACUACAAGGAUAUAAAUGUACUGAAUUGUUGGUUAUUAAAAUAGUUUCAGAUUCCUGAUCCAGUCAUUUCAAUCGGUCCCUCUUAAAACUGAACUGAAGUUUAAAGUUCGCUCUUACUGCGUUUUGGUCUUGAAGAGAAAAACUCAGGAAACAAACGGAUGGAAUUAAAGUGAACAUGUAUGUGUGCCUUUGAUAUUACGCUUUGUGACUAAGUAAAAGAAAACUCUACAACUGGAAUAGUGACCCUUUAUGAAAAAACUACCAACAAAUCCACUCGUUUGGCUCAGACCACUACUCAUGAAAUGGGUUUAAAAAGGGAUUUUUGGACUAGUUCUAGUCUUAAUCAAAACCAAAUGUUUUUUUGAUGGGGGGUCCACGUGACGGGAGCCCCUCUCAACCUGCGGUCAGUCAUUCCUGUUCUACCAAGAGAGCACAAACGGGAUGACCUGUAUGGAAUAAAACCUCUUCAAAGGGCUCUAAAUAAACUACCUACACUAAAGAGGCUCGAGACAAACAGGGGCUAUGAAUGAAAACCUGAACCACGAUCAGUUCCCAACAUCUGGCUCUUAUCAACAGAUGGGACUCAACUGGUGCUGGAUCUGCAAUAAACGGCUUCAUAUCUAUUCUCCUGUCUAACGUCACAUUGUAUAUAACUUCUGUUAUUUAUGAAACCAGUGGAGAUCUUGUUUUACUAGAUGAAAGAUGAUACUAGGAGAAUGAUAAUAGACUUCAGAUUAACGAUACUGUCCCUUUAAAUGUCACCAUAGACACAAACCCCCCCACCCCCCCAUGCUGCAGUGGGGACUUCUAUGCAAACUGGUCUUGUUGGCCUCUAGCCAUUGUUUGAUUGAGAUCUCUCCGUACCUAUGCCAACUGUCUACUAUAAUGACUCUGUAUUCAAAUGCUGUUGACAUUUAA